GAUCUGCGGCAGCUUGUCUGUUUGCAGGGGGCUCCGAUUUUCCGUGCACUGUGAGGGAGCGAGCGAGGGAGAGAGAGGACGAGGCGAAGAGAGGAGGAGAGACACGGCAAGGCAGGCACACGGCGACGACAAUGCUGCAGCCCUCCUCCUUCAUCACUUCCGAGCCUCCGACGCCGGCCGCAUUAUAUCAUCGAGAGGUGAGCGAUUCCAGCACGGGAGAUUGAAUCUGGACACCCCUUCGGUCUCGAUUUUGUUCGUCGUCUGUCUGAUCGCCUGCGGAUUCCCUGGACUCCUCCGUUCGGGACAGCCUUGUGGAUGAUGAGCUUUGGCCGACAGCAGAGGAAGAAGCAGAAGGAGAGGAAGACGCUCGCUUGCUCGGCGGAGGAAGACUCUCGAGCAGGCCGAAUUUGUCGAUUUGAAUUGAUCGUGGAAUCCGCCUUCCCCCCAGAAUCGAUCCACGCUUCGUGAAGCUGGCCGUCCACAGUGUACGUCGGGUCCCCUGGUUGAGUCGCUCUGCGCGCAGCCAUUCUUCAGGGGUGUCGAGAAUUUCGAGCCGGAAGAGCGAUCUUAGCUGAAUGUAAUCGAGGAUUUUGCAUUUGUGAAAAGUCUGCUUCGUAGAGAAUGGCUGGAGUAACAUCCCGAGAAGUAAAUAGAUCAGAGCAAGGCUUUAGCUUCUGGAGCGUGUUGGCUCAAAAGGCUAAGGCGGUUCUUCUAGAGGAUGGAAUUCCCUCUCAGCUACCAGACGAUUCCGAGAGGGAAUCGGAACCGCUGAAGAAGCCCGAGAGUCCUGCAAGAGAGCAGAUGCCAAGUUUGAAACAAACGCCACCUUCGUUGGUGAAGACGAACAGUAUGGGAAGGCCGCUCCAGAAGAGCUUGGAUGCAAUUGCUUCUUCACUUUCUUUGCUCGGUGAUACGCUCGGCACAGCAAUUGAGGGCGUGGGGGCCUGUGGUCGGAGGGUUCUACCAGGCGCCGCUUGCCAUGAAGGCUUGCAGUUGAUGGAAACAAAAACCCUCGGAUCACCAGACACAAACAAGUCAUUGCAAAGAAGUCCGUCAAUUUGGAGGAAGGUGGAAAAUGUCAGAAACAGUAAACAUAUUCUGAAAGCAGAUCCCUCUAUACCUCAAAGUCAAACCGAAGCGCAACUCAAGGCCUCUCGCGAUGUAGCUAUGGCUAUGGCCUCGAAGGCUAAGCUGUUGCUGCGAGAGCUUAAGGUAACGAAAGCAGAUAUGUCCUUCCUGAAAGAUAGGUGUGAGCAGCUGGAGGAGGAGAACAGGAGCUUACGUGAAGGUGCCAGUCAAGGCGAUGAUUUGGUGAGGGCACAAUUGGAGACCCUGCUGGCAGAGAAGCAACGGCUUGCACAGGAAAACGCCAACUACGCACGAGAGAAUCAGUUUUUGCACGAGGUAGUGGAGUACCAUCAACUCACUCUCCAAGACGUGGCUCUUCUGGACGAGAGUUUGACCGGAGCCGCAGAGGACUACUCGCCGAGAGGAAACUAUCACGACAGUUACGCGACGAGCACGAGCUCGAGCGACGACGAACACCACGUGAGCCACCAUCAAGUUUACAGGGAAUCGAACUUGAGACAUUACUCUUGAAAUCCAGACCUGCCGCCCUUGUCCAUCAUCUCGCUUCUCCCUACCCGUAUACGCCCCCCUCGCCUCCGAUCCAUGUUCAUAGUCUUCGUCCAAGCUUUCUGCGCUCGUAGCACUCCGGUUGGAGUUUUUCUUUCGACCCCUCGAUCCUUUUGUGUGUCUGUCUCCCAAGUAGACGAUCGUCCGCUCGUGUAUGCAGUUGGGAGUUGACCGAAACCCUCCGAUGUUUCAGAUGUUUACACCAGAUCCCAGACCCGGACUCUAUUUUUUACAAGUCCACAGAACUUGCUAAAUUCUCGACUUCUUCUUCAUCUUCAUUCAUGCAAUUUAUUAUCCUUUGCCUGAAACUGUACAGCAUCCCUCGUCCCUCUUUUGCCGAAAUACGGAGUCAUGAAGCGAGGCAAUCGAAUCGAUAGAUAGAGAAUUAUCAACGAUCAAAUAUAUAUCGCGUGCGGCUUUCCUCCUCUCCGUGCUGAAAUUCCGUGAUCCUGUACUGAACGCCACACCGAGAGAAGGCAGCAGGAGGAGCCUAGAGCCAGUAGGGAAGCGCUACCGCAGGUUCUUUAGUAUGUAGGUCUUUUGGAGGCAGUUUGGCGGUGGGCACAGCUAGAGCUCAUUCAAGACGAGCCAAUUACGUGCCGUUGUACUAAAGUUUGCAGUUUGCAGGUCUAUGUCAAGCUUGAACAGAAGAUCGAUCAUCAUCUUGUACAAUCUCCACACGGAACAUAGACGAUGCAGGAAAAGAUUCUUGAAUUAUUUAUGUUCUACCGGUAUUAUUUAAUUAUGGAAGAAGAGAAGCCGCUUGACCUUCUUUCAAAGUUGUUACCUUUA